GACCCGCGCAAUCGCGGCUAACAGUUUUAUUUCCCCGAAUAAACUUUAUCAAACAAAGCGUGUGUGCCCCACGCCCUGCAUCUGCUCGCCCAGCUGUUCCUACUGCAGCUGGCAGCUCCGUCUCGCUCUAACGCGCGCGCCGCCGCACCGUGCAACUGCGACGGACUGUACCCGGUGUAAUCGCAUCGAGGCCCUUCAAUUCCCUGUGCACAGUCCAUUCGCAGUCUGAAGCGCGACGCCGACAGACAAAGUGGUAAUGAAAAAUAAACGGGAACGCGAGGCGGAUAACGCCAACCGGCGCGUGAGGCGACAACGGCGCCGCAAGCGUUCACACAGCGAGCCUGCUAAUGAUCCUGACAAUUUAGAGAAGCGGCAAGCUCUGAAGCGUCUUUUUGGCAGAAUUUGUUCUGUGGAGAUGGACAACCAACGCGAACCAUUAAAUGAAGAAUUCGACUUCAGUGAUUAUGACAACGAAACUGAUGAAAACAUCGAUCCCCUGCUUGACUCUGUGCCUGUCGAUAUGGAUCCGGAGAUGCUGGGGUUUCUUGUGUGCGCCCAGGAGACACUGCGAUUUCUGCAUAUGCGUGGCAUAUCCAUUCAACAUCCAGUUUUUGCUAAGCUGCGCUUACGCCUGCUGCGCGGAAUUGGCGAAAUGGCGGUGGCCUGAGCCUUGCUCGGCCCAGAGCCCUCAAGACCCUAAAAUACCUUUGUACCUGACCUCCUCCCAACCUGUCGAGCUACUAUUUCCCAAUGGUGUUUUCCCUUUGUGUAAAGUGUUCCCUAUUCACGAAAAUUCUCGUACCUUUCCUUCGGGCUCUGGAUAAUUCUUACUGUGUACUGUGUAAGGUUGAGUGUUGCGUAUCAAAGCAACAGGUGGCCCGUGGAGGCAUUCUAGUCACUAUCUAGUCAGUUUAUGAAGUAUAUUUGUCAAGCAAAUUACUUUAUUGGUGUAAUGAAUAAUCAAAUAAAUGUUUAA